UUUUGUUGCCGCUGCCUCUACUCGACGCUGCGGCCGCUCUUCCAGUACACGUCUCUCUCUCGAAACACUUUCUCGCGCUCGUUUAAUCGCCGCCUCUACAUCCCUAGACACAUCCAAGAUGGACGAAGAAAUCGACCUCUACGAGGUCCUCGAGAUUGAAAAGGGCGCAAGCAAGAUCGAGAUCAAAAAGGCCUAUCACAAGGCCGCGCUCGCACAUCAUCCCGAUAAGGUCGCGGAAGAAGACCGUGCAGAGGCCGAGGUGCGCUUCAAGGCCGCAAAGCAGGCCUACGAGAUCCUCUCCGAUGAUGACAAGCGCCACUUGUACGACACGCACGGCAUGGCCGCCUUUGACCCCUCCAGAGGCGGAGGCAUGGGCGGCGAAGGCCCCGACAUUGACGACAUCUUUGCGCAAAUGUUUGGCGGCAUGGGCGGCUUCGGAGGCAUGCACGGCAUGGGCGGCAUGGGCGGUAUGGGUGGCAUGCCCGGUGGCCGCCAUGUGCCUCGCAAGGGCCGGUCGGUAGAGCAGGAGUACGAAGUCACGCUGGAGGAGCUGUACAAGGGCAAGACGACAAAGUUCACAAACACCAAGAACAUUGUCUGCAACAUGUGCAAGGGCAGCGGCGGCAAGCAGGGCGCCAAGAGCAAUUCGUGCGCCGUGUGUAAUGGACGAGGUGCCAAACAGGUACUCCGCCAGGUUGGGCCUGGCCUGGUUACUCAAGAGACGGUUCCCUGUGGCAACUGUCAAGGCUCUGGCCAGGUCAUUCCCGAGAAGCAGCGCUGCAAGAAGUGCAAGGGCAACAAGGUCGUCGAGACCAAGAACGUGCUCGAGCUCUACAUUCCCCGCGGUGCCCGAGAAGGCGAGCGCAUUGUGCUAGCCGGAGAGGCAGACCAACUGCCCGACCAGGAACCCGGAGACAUCAUCUUCACCCUGUCCGAGACACCCCACGACGUCUUUGAACGCGCUGGCGCCGAUCUGCGCGCCGAACUCAAGGUCAGCCUCGCCGAGGCCCUUACCGGCUUCAACCGCGUCGUCAUCACUCAUCUCGACGGACGCGGCAUCAAGAUGAACGUGCAACAGCCCAACGGCAACGUUCUCCGACCAGGCCAAUUGCUCAAGAUUGAAGGCGAGGGUAUGCCCAUCAAGAAGAGCGACGCCAGAGGCGACCUCUACCUCGUCGUCGAUGUCGAGUUCCCCAAAGACGGCUGGCUCAAGAGCGAAGCCGCCGUCCAGAAAGUCCGCGACGCAUUACCCAAGGACGACAAGGACGAUUCCAAGCACGAAGAUGUCGAGGAAGUCGAGAUCGACUGGGAUGCGGACAUGGAAGAGUUUGGUGCGGGAAGCGGGGACCCGCGCGCGGGCGGCGCAGAGUGGGAAGACGAAGAUGAGGGCGAGGGAGGUCCUCAGUGCGCGACGCAGUAGUUGACUUGCAUGUGCACAUGAUUUGAUGAAAAUGCAUGGUUUGGCGUUUGGAGGGUGACGAUGAUGCCUUUUUUCGGUCUCUCAGGCACACGCGCUGUGAGUGCGGAUAUUUAGACUGACUGCAUUGGCGGUCUUUAGGCUCAUAUACGAUGGGUUUCACUUUGGUGUCUUGUCUUGAUAGACUGAUGAUGUUGAUGUUACUGAUACCCGGUUGUAUUUUCACGACAUUCUUUACAAUUUGAACUCAGACAGUGUAGGUAGUGCGUUGGAGCAUGUUACGUCAAUGGCC